UUCCCAAACUGAAUCGUUUCCUGCUGCUUUUCAUCGGCUUCGUCAGUUUCCUCCUCAGCUUCUUCAUGGACAGAGUUUUCAUGCGCAUGAAGCUGCCAGGAUACAUCAUGGACUAAGAACAUGGACAACAGAAAUUUACCAAACAGAAUCAUAGAAUCAGUUAUAAAUAAAGGUGACACUUAUCCAAAUCUUAACCCAUUCAGGACUUGCUGUAACAAAGAGAAGAAGUAAAGAUGAACUCCACGGCUCAGCAAGGCUUGAUCCCAUGCUACCUGAACCGGACCCUGUGCCUGGGAACUCUGCCAGAGAAAGACGUUUCCGGAGAGGAGAAGGAUUCCUCUGCUGGCUGCUACGAGCAGCUGCUGAUUUCCACCGAGGUCUUUCUCACUUUGGGCAUCAUCAGCCUGCUGGAGAACAUCCUGGUGGUCGCCGCCAUCAUCAAGAACAAGAACCUCCAUUCCCCGAUGUACUUCUUCAUCUGUAGCCUGGCGGUCGCCGACAUGCUGGUCAGCGUCUCCAACGCCUCGGAGACGAUUGCCAUAGCGCUGAUCAACGGCGGCAGCCUCACCAUCCCCGUCACGUUCAUCAAAAGCAUGGACUACGUGUUCGACUCCAUGAUCUGCAGCUCUCUGCUCGCCUCCAUCUGCAGCUUGCUCGCCAUCACCAUCGACCGCUACAUCACCAUCUUCUACGCCCUGCGGUACCACAACAUCGUCACCAUCCGGCGGGCGUUGCUGGUCAUCGCCAGCAUCUGGACGUGCUGUACCGUCUCUGGCAUCCUGUUCAUCAUCUACUCGGAGAGCACCAUGGUGCUCAUCUGCCUCAUCACCAUGUUCUUCACCAUGCUGGUCCUCAUGGCGUCACUCUACGUUCACAUGUUCCUGCUGGCGCACCUGCACAUGAAGCUCAUCGCCGCCCUGCCGGGCAACGCGCCCAUCCAGCAGCGCGCCAACAUGAAGGGCGCCAUCACCCUCACCAUCUUGCUGGGGGUGUUUGUGGUGUGCUGGGCGCCCUUCUUUCUGCACCUCAUCCUGAUGAUCACCUGCCCCAGGAACCCCUACUGCACCUGCUUCAUGUCGCACUUCAACAUGUACCUGAUCCUCAUCAUGUGCAACUCCAUCAUCGACCCCAUCAUCUACGCUUUCCGCAGCCAGGAGAUGAGGAAGACCUUUAAGGAGAUCUUCUGCUGCUCACAGGCUCUCUGGUGUAUUAGCUUUCUGUGAGACGCUCCAGGUAGUUCAUCUGUAAUCCGUGUGCAGAGCAAAGCUCCAGGUCUGCAGGAUAAGAGGUGUUGAUUAGACGGUUGGCUAACACAGAGGAUUUGUCUGCAGUCCACAAUGUUGUGAAUCUAAAAGGAUGAAGAGCCUGAAAUGUCAGUUUUGCAGCAGCACAGAUUGAAAAUGCUUCAGCAUAUGAUGUUUUUAAAGCACAUUAGGCAGCUAAGAAUGAGAUAAGAGACUAACUUUGUUACAACUGAGA